AUGCGCCCGCGGGAGCUCGCCCUCCUCGCUACAAUAAUACAGGUAUCCUUGGGCCAAGCGUUGGUCCCAAAUCACGUAUCGCUGAACGAGAAGCGGAAGCACAUCGAUGUCGAUACGGCUUGGCUUGAUAAAAAGCAGCAGGAGGUGCAGAGGGUUUCUCUCGAUGCCUCGAACAAGGAGAAAGUAAUCCUGCAGCUUCUCAACAAUAAUAAGGACUUAUCGGCGUCGGCUUCGGGAAACGUGGCCGCUGCCGAGACUUCCGACGGACAUCGUGCUCAGGUUCAAAAGAUUGGCGACAAGGGAGGGAUCGCCACAGCGGAUGGGCAUAAGGCCCAACUACGCCAAAAAGAUGACGACGAGGGGAAGCACGCGCUUCUGAAGGCCGACGGAAAAUACGAGUUGGACACGAUUGCAAAGGGGGAUCUGAAGACCGUUCAGGGCACCGAAUUCGAGGCGCGGAACGAUCGGUUCAACUUUAAAGUCGACCCCGCGCACCAUGACAAUCAUACGGGGGAUGGUACUGUGGCGUUUAAGGAUUUGGAAAAAGGAAAACAAGGCACCUACGCCUACACGAUCGCACAAAAUGGCAAGAAAACUGACGCGACGCUAUCGGCGGGUGACGUCGGACCGGUCGGAGAGUUUGCACAGAGUCUCUUUGGCAGAAGAAGCGAAAAGUAUCACUGUACAGCUGAAACGCCCGGCAUCUCGCAGUGCUACGAUGCUCAGGGGAAGUCGGUCGGAAAGGUAGUUGCUGAUAAAACCGGAAAUACCGUCAUCUACAACGACAAGGACGUUCCGAUCGGGACCGGGUCGGUGCGGCAGCUGGGGCCGAGGAGCUUUGAGGCCGUCAUCAGCAAAAAUCUGUUCAUCGCCAGGCUGAAAGACGCUCGAACGGCGCCCUGUUGCAAGGAGGUGAGCGGGCACGAGUGUGUGGCCCCGAUAAAGCUAGCCAACCCGCAAUUCAGCCACCCCUCCCAGCGAGAUGGGGACGGUACUGUACAUUUGACGUGGCCGGACUGCUUCGACAUGAGCAUCGACGUCACAUUGCCGCCAGGUAUCCACAUCAACAAACUGGCAAUGAAGCUCGAUGUGUCGAUUCAACCGAUCGGCAAGUUGCGCUGCAUGGACGUGGCGACGUGUGGCCGUGAAUGCUAUUAUUGCGAUUGGUGCAAGCCGUCGAGAAAGUUGAAACUCCUCGAAAACACUGAUGGGAACCUGUGCCGAGCGACUGCGGAGCGUACAUAUCGAUUGACUACCCGGAUGUGCCCGCCCCCAGAAGACCCCAACUUCACCAUGUGCUCCACGUUUACCAAAUCCGUCUGGCAAAAGGACUAUUGGCAGAAGGAGGGCGCCGUCGAUGUUUGGAUGAAAUUCUAUGAGCGAGGCCCGACAAGACCAGAGUUGGAGAAGGAAUUCUUUGCGCAAAUCGACAAUCCCCUACUUGGCAAGGCGUUCAAGCUGGCCAUCAUCGCUGAAUGGCUCGCUGCUAACUCGCUGGAUCAAGGCAGUUACACCCCCACCAACUCCGAACUGCUCGAAUACUGGGUGAGCAAGCGCGACCCGGACAGGUUGUUGGCUUGCCAGCAUGGAGUUGUUGACUAUGAAAUCGAGGGUGCCAAGGUGAAGACGAACCUCCUUUUCGAGGCGGCCACUACGGCAAAUGAUAUCCCCAACAUCUUCAAGGACAAGAAGUGCCAGAAAUUCGAGAAACUCCAGGAAGAGCGAUUCCAGAGCGAAGCCUCCGACUUCAAACGUCGUGGCGGCGGUGGGCUGCUCAGCGGGCUCGGCUCGUUUUUCCAGUCGGCCAAUGCUUUUGCCCAGGGC